GCCCCCAUCUCUCUCUCCGCGCACGCGACAUGCUUCCUUGCUAACACCACCGACGCUGCAGCGUCACGCCAGGACGGUUUCUUGUCACCGAGCCACUGGCGGCGCACGCAAUCGCUAUUCGCAUCACCCCGCAAUGUCUGCCACAAGAAUGCGCAGCCGCAGCAAUGCGCACGGCCACGAGGAAGUCAUCCCAGGCACGCGACGCCUGUACGACGAGCACGGCAACUCCCUGACGAGCGACUCGUCGCUGCAGAAAACUGGACGCGGCAUCGUUCUCGUCCCACAGCCUACGGACUCGCCCAACGAUCCGCUUCGCUGGGGCCUUUGGCGCAAGGUUUGGCACUCGCUUCUUGUGCUGUACAUGGUCGGCUUCACGGCCGCCACGUCCAACAACGCGGGUUCUGGCUCCGACGGCGUGAAUGAAGAGUACGGAAUCAGCUACGAUGUCUUCAACACGGGCGCCGGCGUGUUGUUCAUCGGUAUCGGGUAUUGGGCGCUGCUCAGCUCGCCACUAGUGCAUUUGUACGGGCGGAGGCUGGGAUAUCUUAUCUCGCUUAUCUUCAACAUCGGCGGCCUGAUUUGGUAUGCGCGCAUCGACAGCGUCUCUGGCGUCGUUUGGAGUCAGCUGUUUGUCGGUGCUGCCGAGUCUGUCGGCGAAGCAACUGCGCAGUUGUCGUUGCUUGAUCUCUGGUUCGAGCACCAGGUUGGCAGUGUGCUCGGUAUUUACACCUUUGCUACUGCCAUUGGCACCUAUCUAGGUCCUCUCAUCGGUGCUUAUGUAGCAUCGGGGCUCGGCUGGCGCUGGAUCGGCUACGUUGGAGCCAUCAUCUGCGGCGGCAGUCUCAUCGUGUUCUAUUUUGGCCUUGAAGAGACGGAAUUCUCCCGCGACCGCUACAUUGCCGGUCGCGACCAAGUCAUCACUGAUGCAGAGCAGCCCGUUGUGAGCGACAAGAAUCAGGGGGAUGCCGAUCCAGAAAAGACAGUCUCGAGCCCGGCUGCAUCAUUUGAGCAUCGCACGACGGUCGCGCACAAGAAGACAUACUGGGAGCGUAUCCGCAUCAUCACCCCCGCACCGAACCUCCGCGGGACGGGUUUCAAGCAGUACCUCAACCGCCUGUGGCACACGCUGCGCGUCUUUACUUUCCCAGCCGUCUGGUAUGCCGGUCUGCAGUGGGGCUUCCAGCAGUCGUGCCUGACAUUCUACUUGACAGUGCAGGAGGACUGGUGGUUCGGCCCGCCGUGGAACUACAGCUCCGCUGCCGUCGGCAACAUGAAUCUGCCCACGCUGAUUGGCAGCCUUAUUGGCUGCGCCUACGGCGGCUAUGGGAGCGACGCUUUCAUGCAGUGGAUGAUCAAGCGCAACAAGGGCGUCAUGGAGGCAGAGUUCCGCCUGUAUCUGAUGGCUCUAUGCACGCUAAUUUUCCCUGCUGGGCUGUGGCUGUUUGGCAUUGGGUCUGCCCGUGGAUGGAGCUGGCCGGUUCCGUAUGUCGGGCUGGGCUUCAUUGGGUUUGGGUAUGGAUGCGCAGGCGAUCUGAGUCUGUCGUACCUUGCUGAUUCUUUUCCCGACAUGGUCCUCGAGGGCAUGGUCGGCGUCGCCGUCAUCAACAACACCCUUGCCAUGGCCUUCACCUUCAUCGCGAGCCCUUGGAUCGACUCGGGCAUGGAGAAUUGCUUCAUCGUGCUGGGCGUGCUUGGCUUCAUUGUCAUGGGUCUGAGCCUCCCGAUGGCGAUCUGGGGCAAGCGCACUCGCAGAUGGUCGAGAGAUCGCUACAUGACAUUUGUGGAGAUCCGUGAUGGGUUCUCACGGUGACGCGUUGCUGAUGCGCUGACCUCUAAGUCCACCCGCGAUUUGCUUUCACGUACACAACAUGGCCACGCAUCGUACCUUGAGUACCAUCAAGCCCCUGCGUUGUUAUUCACGUGAUAACUGCAACCACAAGACAGUUAUCGUAUAUUUCUAUUUCGAGAUAUCCAAUGUAAUCUUAUAAAUUUGACAUCUUAUGUGUCAUUGCGUUUUUUGUAUUAGCUAUUACACACUACACUAUACACC